CCGCUUCCGAAGCGGGCCGCCGAGGGACGGCACCUCGAGGAGCCUCGACCCGGCAAGUGUCACCUUGCCGGGCGCUGCAAGCUGAUGCGGCUGGGAGCGGAAGUCGGCCACGCCGGCCGUGCCGUGUCGGAGCCGCUGGGACAUCAUCAGCCUGCAUCACCUUCCGUUCGCAGCGCUGCAGCACGCUCUCUCGCACCACGACCUCCUCCACCGCCAGCCGGUCUCCCUCUCACUCCUUCUCCGCUCCUCGGUCUCUGACAGCGAGCAGCAGCCGCCAUGCGCUCGCCUCUUACUCUGCUUGCGGGCGCUCUCGCCGCGGCGCCUGCCCUCGUGGCCGCCGCUGAUGUGUACAAGGACUGGACGGUGGGCUGGGUGAACGGCGUGAACCCGGACGGCAUGAUGGAGCGGCGCGCGAUUGGCGUGAACGGACAGUGGCCGCCGGAGAUCAUCAACGUCAACUCGACCGACGUGGUGCGCAUCAAGGUCACCAACGACCUGCGCGAUGGAACAGGCACUUCGCUGCAUAGCCACGGCAUGUUCUUCAACAACACCGCAUACUGGGAUGGCGCCGUCGGCGUGACGCAGUGCCCGAUCCCGCAGGGCCAGAGCGUCGUGUACGAGCCGCUCAACAGCCCGACGUCUGCGGCUGGGCGGAGGGAGCAGUGGGGCACCUUCUGGACGCACGGCCACUACAAGGGCCAGUACGUCGACGGCAUGCGCACGCCGAAUAUCAUCCACAACGCCGCCGGCGAAGUGCACAAGUACGACGACGACUACACCAUCAUUCUCGCGGACUGGUACCAUGACGAGCACGACUUCCUGCUCACCACGCAGUUCCUCAACGACCGGAACCCGACUGGCGCUGAGCCCGUGCCGAAGUCCCCUCAGGUCUACUUCGCCCACACGAGCAACGCCAGCACCGUCGCCUCGUACCUGCCGGGCUUCAAUGAGAACGCCACGCUGCCGUUCGUGCCGGGCAAGACGUACCGUCUGCGCCUGAUCAACAUGAGCGCUCUUGCCAUGUACCAUUUCUGGAUCGAGGGCCACGACAUGCGCAUCAUCGAGGCCGACGGCGUCGACACGCAGGAGCUGCCCGUCGACGCUAUCACGAUCAGCGUCGCACAGCGCUACUCCAUCCUCGUGACGGCGCGUAACGACACGGCGCAGAACUGGGGCAUCCACGCCAACAUGGACCCCGACAUGUUCGACGUCGUGCCGGAUGACCUGCAGCUCAACGUCACUGCCACGCUCGAAUACGCCAGCGGCCAGCCGAUGGGCUCCGACCGCGCCGAGCUUGAGGCGUACGAGUACUUCGACGACACCAAGCUCGUGCCCUUCGUCGCCGAGGCCAUGGAGCCGGCCGAUGUGAACCACGACCUGAAUGUCGUCUUCAACACGUACUCGGACGGCAAGAACUACGCCUCCUUCAACAACGUCUCCUACGUCAGCCCGAUGACGCCGACGCUCAACACGAUCUCGAGCAUGGGCGCACUUGCAAACGACGUGGCCGUGUACGGCCCGGCCACCGGCGCCACCGUGCUCAACCACAUGGACAUGAUCCAGCUGACCGUCUUCAACUGGGAUGCCGGAACCCACCCCUUCCACCUGCACGGCCAUCACUUCCAGGUUGUGCACAAGGCGAUCGACGUCACGUCCGACGAUCCGGCGCUCAACCCGCCGUUCGUCGAGGGUCAGGAGAACCCGAUGCGCCGCGACACCGUCACGAUCCACAGUACGGGCUCCGCCACGAUCCGCUUCCGCGCUGACAACCCUGGAGCGUGGUUCUUCCACUGCCACAUCGACUGGCACCUGUCCUCCGGCCUGGCUGCCAUCUUCAUCGAGGCGCCGAUGCUGGCGCAGCAGCAGCUGACGCUGCCGGGCGACCUGCAGUCGCAGUGCGCAGCGCUCGGCAUCUCGCCCACCGGCAACGCUGCCGGCUUCAACAGCACGACGAACUUCGCCGGCCUGCGCAAGGAGCCGACGUUCCUCGAGACGGGCUGGACGCCGCGUGCCGUUGGCGCCCUCGUGGGCUGCAUCAUCACGGCGCUCAUCGGUCUGGCCACGGUCGUUGCAUACGGCCUGAUGGGCAGCGCCGAGGACGAGGAGGAGGAGACUGCCGCGGACAAGUGAUGUGCGCCGCGCUUCCACCCGGGUAUAUGCGACUCGUCACGGGCUUCACAACAAAUCAAUGCUUUCUCU